CCCCGGAAGUGCAACUUGAACUUGAUCGGGGCGCGGAUUCCCGAGAGGGAAAGUCACAACAACCGCACGGGGGAGUUCGACGGGCGAGCUGGAAGGCCACGCCUCCUCCCGCCUCCCCCCACAGCCCUGCAGCUGGGGGCAGAGCUCAGACUGUCUUCUGAAGAUUGAUGUCUGUUUCCUUGAGCUCUUUAAUUUUGUUGCCAAUUUGGAUAAGCAUGGCUCAAAUCCAGCAGGGAGGUCCAGAUGAAAAAGAAAAGACAACAGCACUCAAAGAUUUAUUAUCUAGGAUAGAUUUGGAUGAACUAAUGAAAAAAGAUGAACCACCUCUUGAUUUUCCUGAUACACUUGAAGGAUUUGAAUAUGCUUUUAAUGAAAAGGGGCAGUUAAGACACAUAAAAACUGGGGAGCCGUUUGUUUUUAACUACCGGGAAGACUUGCACAGAUGGAACCAGAAAAGAUAUGAAGCACUAGGAGAGAUCAUCACAAAAUACGUAUAUGAGCUUCUGGAAAAGGACUGUAAUUUGAAAAAAAUAUCUAUUCCAGUAGAUGCCACUGAAAGUGAACCAAAGAGUUUUAUCUUUAUGAGUGAGGAUGCUUUGACAAAUCCACAGAAACUGAUGGUUUUAAUUCAUGGUAGUGGUGUUGUCAGGGCAGGUCAGUGGGCUAGAAGGCUUAUUAUAAAUGAAGAUCUGGACAGUGGCACACAGAUCCCUUUUAUUAAGAGAGCUAUGGAUGAAGGAUAUGGAGUAAUAGUACUGAAUCCCAAUGAAAACUAUAUUGAGGUCGAAAAGCCGAAGAUACCUGUCCAGUCAUCUUCUGAUAGUUCAGAUGAACCAGCAGAAAAACGCGAAAGAAAAGAUAAAGUCUCUAAAGAAACAAAGAAGCGACGUGAUUUCUAUGAGAAGUAUCGUAAUCCCCAAAGAGAAAAAGAAAUGAUGCAGUUAUAUAUCAGAGAAAAUGGCUCUCCUGAAGAACAUGCAGUCUAUGUGUGGGACCAUUUCAUAGCUCAGUCUGCAGCUGAGAAGGUAUUUUUUGUUGCUCACAGCUAUGGAGGACUUGCUUUUGUUGAACUGAUGAUUCAACGAGAAGCAGAUGUGAAAAGUAAGGUGACUGCUGUGGCGUUGACAGACUCUGUUCACAAUGUGUGGCAUCAAGAAGCUGGCAAAACUGUUCGAGAAUGGAUGAGAGAGAACUGUUGUAACUGGGUCUCUAGCUCAGAACCAUUAGACACGUCAGUGGAGUCCAUGCUGCCUGACUGUCCCCGAGUCUCAGCAGCUUUCUGAACCAAUUUGUGAAAAAUUCAUCAAAGAAUCUGGCAGUAAAGGUGACUAGUCUUUUACUGAGCUAACUUUUCCCUUAAAAGAUAAAAAGAUUUUAACUAAUUAUUUUGGAAUGCUUGUGGAUAAAUAACCAAAUAAUAUGAAUUUAUAUCUGUACUUGAAACUUGUGUAAGUUGUAAAUUAAUCUGCAAGAGAGAAUGUUUUUACAGUCUCCGCAACGGUGUCUCCUGAGUCUAAGUGCUAUGUCCCCUAAUUGUUGGAAAAGUAAGUUGGAACCAGUGAUGCCUAAGACAGAAAUCUUCAUCCUUUUACCAUGUGUUAAGCAUUGAUGUCCCCUGCAUGGCUGUCUGUGUUCUCUUGUCCUCUUUUUCUCCUCCCCUCGGUCAUCUGUCUGGGUCACUGCUCUGCAUGGUCGCGCUGGGUCUGCGUAUCACUUCUGGCUCUCCCUCUGUCAUCUGGUUUAGUCCCCGUAUGUGACUCUCAUAAUUUCUGUCUUCUGUGUCUCCCUGGCUUCAGUCUCCCCCACCCAGAGACUCUUUUUCCUUAGCCUGUGGAAUCUCAUCUGGCCCAGCCCACCGUCUCUGCCUGCCCCUUCCUGACCUGAGUGUUUUCCCCAGGUCCACUGCCCUUCACCUUCUCUUUGACCAACCAUGCGAUAAGGCCCUCCCGUCUCCACCCUUCCUGCCUGCCUGCUCUGUCUUGUCACAGACGGACAUCAAGUCACCAGCAGCAAAUCUGUCUACUGGCAGAAACACACGCCCCCCACCAAACAUACCCCUUCAGAGAAACUACAUUGCUUUCUAGUAGUGUGAUUCAGAACUUCAAAAUUAAAUGUUUUCUGUUACUGAAAAGAAAAUUCAAAGUGAAUGUUAGGCACCAGAGAUAGGUCAAAAAAACCUAAGAUGUUCUAUGUUACCAGCACUUUAAAUCAGGGCUAUGUUUUUUUAUGUUUUUGUUUCAUCAUGGUUCUUAAACUAUAGUCCUUCUUUAAAGGAAAAUAGUCCUUUUUAAUGAAAAAUCUUUGGAAGAUAAUUUGAUCAGUGACUCCAGAUUUAGGUAUUAAUUACUGAUUUAACUGAUAUAUGAUAUCUAAAUAUUCUUUGAGAAUUGGUUGUAGUAUUUCCACCCUUAUUAUCUCUAUUGUAAUGUCCCCUUCAACCAUACAUAUUUCACUCCAAGUAUUUAAUAUGUUCUACCAAUUGAGACAUCAUGUAUCAGCUAGUUUAUACAUGUUUUGAAUAAUCUUACGGUACAACCCUUGACAAAAUUCAGUUGUUUUACAUGGUUUCUUAAUUUCUAAAGUAUUACAGAAGUUACUUGUUUAAAAUUGGAGCAAAUAAACAUAUACUUCAUUUUAAACUUUGUUUAUAGUGAUGAUCUUUAAAAAUGAGACUUGUGUAAGAGACGAUAAGUUGAAAUUUUCUAAUAACCUUCUAAAAUCAAUAGUGGCUUAGAGAUUCUUUUGUUUUUAGCUAGUUUCAGACAUUUUAAAAGAGCAAAGUGAAUUUUUUGUUUUAAAUAAAUGGCCUUCAAAGAAAUUUAGAGUCUAAAUGGAACCACACCUUUCCUGCUUACUUUCUAGAAGAAAAGUAAUUAAAUUUAAAAUAAGACAUUGUUAAUUUAAGGCCACAGAUACAAAUGGUUAAACAUAACCAAUAUGUGGGAAAGCUAUUUGUGGAACUACAUGAUGUGUGGGUUGAAUUUUAUAAUAAAAAGUAUAGUUUUCCAUAACCAUUGUAGUUUAGAUUUUUACAGCACUUCUCUUUUGAAGUAUUAAUCCCUCAGCAUUAUUUGGUUUUGCUUUUCUUCAGAAAUAAUAUCAAGCAUGCAAAAUCAACACAGGCAACAAAACUUAAAUAUUAGAAAAGCCCAACUUAAUUUUUUUUACCAAUUAGUUAUUGAUUUAAUUAUUUCCCCCUAAAAUUAGAGCCUAAUUCCAUGUCUUACUUCAGCUAUGAGUUAUUCUUGCUUCUCUUGGGGUAAGAAACUAACUGUAAAUACUCACUCCUUAAUUCUGCAAAGAUUUUUUGAGCACUUAAUGGGCACUCGGCACUAGUCUAGACUCUCAAGAUUGCUGCAUGUGACUCUCGCCCCUCAAGGAGCUUGUAGGCUCCUAGAAAAAAAAGCCUUUUGCUUACUUCAGGGAUUCUUUUUGUUGCUGGUCAGAAGUUGACCGUGGGAAUGUGUGAGGUGGAGAGGAAGGUUAAGGACUUAGGAACUCCUUCAGUAACCCAAGAGUGAGUCUUAGCUCCGUGACACCCUCCUUUAGCAAAUGGCAAGCCCACAAGUGUCUAAGACCCACAGCAUCUUUUCAAGGUGUCCGUCUUUCUUCCCUGCUAUUAUGAGACCCUGACUUUGGCUCUGUGUUUCAGAUGGAUGUGUUAUUUGUCAUUUCAAAAUUCUUUAGUGGUGGUGUCAGUAUUUAUGAAGAAGAGCUUUGGAUUUAACAUGCGUGUGAGAAAUUUGUAUUCUCCCAGAUGUGUGGAGAAUUAAUUCUGUUUCAUGGCCAGAUGAAGAUCUACAGUCAUACUGUCUAUAAAGUUAAGAUCAUACUAGUACAGUCUCAUCGGGUUAUGGCCAGAAUUAAGAAAAAUAAUCUUUCCAGGACUGUUAAAAUAGUACCUGACGCGUAGUCACGACUCAAUGAAUGCAUGCUGUCCUCACUUUGCGUGGUUCAAAUACACACAAAUUUCAGUUACCAUAGUUUAGUGAAAUAACACCAAACCCCCAAAAUAAGGUUCAGAAUUUCAGUUACCAUAAUCUAUUAACUAUUAAUAACUGCAUUAAGUACAAAUAUAGAUGCAAAUAACAGAUGCACAUCAUGGUCCAUUCCCAAUCAUAUCACUUUUUAAAGAAAAAUCCAUCACUGACUGAGCACUGCAUAUCUGUUAUUCAGUUCACUGUUAUUCAGUAGCACUGUCUGUAUUUACAAAAACGGAUGGUCAGAAGAGAGAUCCGGCCAACGGAGAUGAAAGUGAAGCAAAGACAUAAAAUGCUGGAAGUGCAAUUGGAAA